GCAAGGACUCUGGGCUUAGGAGUCAAGAUGAUACCCUAUGUGGCGUUGUGCAAAUAUUUUCCUGUCGUUAUAGUUGUGGUCAUAGUUUUCAGUGUCAAUGGAUACAUUGAAGAUCCUCUUUUUGACUGCCUGCAAGAUUCAGACUAUGCCGAACUCCUUGAAAUUGUGAACAGAGGUCUUCCCUUCACAAAGACACCUCAUCAUAUUGCCAUCAUCGGUGGUGGUAUUGCUGGACUGACUGCAGCAAAGUUUCUGGAGGACGCAGGGCACAAGGUGACUUUAAUAGAGGCAAGUGGUCGAAUUGGAGGACGGGUUGAGACCUACAGAAAUAGAAGAGAGGGAUGGUAUGCAGAACUGGGUGCUAUGAGGAUCCCUAGCUUUCACAAAAUUCUUUUAUCAUUUGCAUUAAAAAUGGGCCUUGGACUGAAUCCAUUUAUCCAGGAUGACAUCAACACAUAUUACCAUGUGAACGGGUUGCUGCAGAAAACAUAUACGGUUAAAGAGAACCCAGACGUGCUGAACUAUCCCUUGACUGACAAGGAAAGGGGAAAAUCGGCUGGUCAUCUCUUCGACUUGGCCCUGUGGAAGAUAAGGGAUGAUAUCAAGACAGCUGGCUGCAAGGCCAUGUUGAGAAAAUAUGACUCGUACUCAGUCAAGGAGUAUCUAGUGAAGGAGGGGAACCUGAGUCGUGGUGCCCUGCGCAUGAUUGGAGAUAUCCUGAAUGAGAACAGCCUCUUCUACGCAUCACUUACUGAGAUGCUGUAUAUUCAGUCAGAUAUUAACGACAACACUGUCUAUUACGAGAUCACUGAUGGGUUUGACCAUUUACCAAGGGCAUUUUACCAGGCCCUCAACAGCACCAUCCUUCUCAACUCCAAGGUCCGACUCAUCAGUCAAACCAGCAGCAACGUGACCCUAUCCUACCAGGACUGGCGCAAUCCAUCCUCCCUGACCAACCUUACAGUAGACUAUGCCCUGGUGACAGCUACAGCAAAGGCCACCCUCUUCAUGGACUUCCAACCCCCGCUGUCACCCCAGAAGAUGGAGGCCCUGCGGUCCGUGCACUACGCCAGCUCCACCAAGGUGGUCCUCAGCUUCAGCGAGAGAUUCUGGGAAAAGGAGGGCAUCAAAGGGGGGAAGAGCAUCACGGAUCUCCCCUCUCGUUUCAUCUACUACCCUAGCCACAGCUUCCCAGGCACGGCUGGGGGGGCUCUCCUGGCAUCCUACACCUGUUCCGAUGACUCCACUCUGUUCCAGGGGGUGAGCGAGGAUGAGCUGAAGGCUUUGGUGCUGGAUGACCUAGUAAAGAUCCAUGGGGAGGUUAUACGUCCUCUCUGCACUGGAGGGUUAGUGAAGAAGUGGGGGCUGGAUCCCUUCAGCCUGGGGGCUUUUGCCAUUUACACACCUUACCAGCAGACGGACUACGCCUCAGACCUGUUCAGGAAUGAGAGCAGAGUCCACUUUGCUGGGGAGCACACUGCCCUACCUCACGCUUGGAUCGAGACUGCCAUGAAAUCUGCACUAAGGGCAGCCAGGAACAUCAGUAACCUGGCAUGAUAGACAUCUGGGGCCUGGGGACAUCGAUUGUAUUUUGAAUAGCUUGAGAAGCCAUGAUUAAAGGUUGAAUGUUGACAAACGAAAUGACGAAAUUCGAUGGCCAAACCAAAAACAACACAUUUUUGUAACAUUUUUUAGUACUGUCUGAUGAUGCAUUCGCUAGUAUACAUGUGUUCUGCUUUACUCAAUAUGAAUGGCACAACAUGAUGAGAUGAGUGUUGAUGAAAUGAAACAGAACUGAACAUGUUUACUGACCUAUUUACAAGUACUCUUCAGGGCAUAUUGUUCAUACCUUUUUCCCUUUCUAACCUGUUUUUUUUGUGUGUACUGUUUUAAAAUGGCAAUUUUGUUACACAUACUAAAGUAUUGUAGGAAAAAAAACUAUGUCAAAUGAUGAUGUCACACAUAUGUUACAUAGAUGUAAUGAGCAGCACGGUGUAGUUCUUGGGCCUACUUUAAAAAAUAUAUAUAUUUUAUAGUAUACAUCUCCACCCGGCACAGCCAGAAGAGGACUGGCCACCCCUCAUAGCCUGGUUCCUCUCUAGGUUUC